GCCCUCUUUGGCUCUGGGGUUAGAAAAGAGCUUCGAUGCCGGCGGCAGCGAUGACAUCCAGGAGGCGCUGGCUGCGGAGCUGCUGCUGCUGCUGGGCUCUUUGCAGAUGUUUUACUGUCCUUGAAUAUUCGCCCAUUUGAAAACGCCACGCAAGCUCAGCCAUCACUAUGUCUAAGUAUAAACUCAUUAUGUUAAGACAUGGAGAGGGUGCUUGGAACAAGGAGAACCGUUUUUGUAGCUGGGUGGAUCAAAAACUUAAUAGUGAAGGAAUGGAGGAAGCCCGGAACUGUGGAAAGCAACUCAAAGCGCUGAACUUUGAGUUUGACCUCGUGUUCACAUCCGUUCUUAAUCGGUCCAUCCACACAGCUUGGCUGAUCCUGGAAGAGCUGGGGCAGGAAUGGGUGCCCGUGGAAAGCUCCUGGCGUCUAAAUGAGCGUCACUACGGAGCCUUAAUUGGGCUCAACAGGGAGAAAAUGGCUUUGAAUCACGGUGAGGAACAAGUGAGGAUCUGGAGAAGAAGCUACAAUGUGACCCCGCCUCCCAUCGAGGAGUCGCAUCCCUACUACCAUGAAAUCUACAACGACCGAAGAUACAAAGUGUGUGAUGUACCCCUGGAUCAGCUGCCACGAUCUGAAAGCUUAAAGGAUGUCUUGGAGAGACUGCUUCCCUACUGGAAUGAGAGGAUCGCUCCUGAAGUUCUAAGAGGCAAAACCGUUCUGAUAUCUGCUCAUGGAAACAGCAGUAGGGCACUGAUGAAACAUCUCGAAGGUAUCUCAGACGAAGACAUUAUCAACAUAACUCUGCCAACCGGAGUCCCCAUUCUCCUGGAACUGGAUGAAAACCUGCGUGCUGUUGGGCCCCACCAGUUCCUGGGGGACCAAGAGGCAAUCCAAGCAGCCAUUAAGAAAGUUGAUGAUCAAGGAAAAGUGAAGCGAGCUGAAAAAUAAAGUCUUUGCCAAAUGCUGACUAGGAGUAGAUGCAAAAGGAGUAGCAUGCAGUGUGUCUGGGUGCUGACCUCUUUGUUUUUUUUUUUUUUCCCCCUAAUUUUUUAGAGUUUUUUUUUUUUUUUUCCUCCAGAGCUAACCCUGGAUUGUUUGUAUAGAUAUCUAGAUAACUUGGCCCAGAUAAGGCUUUAUGAUGUCCAAGUGCUUAUGUCAUAGGCCUUAUGAACUGGCUUUCUUGCUAGCCCUGUUUGAAUUAGUCACCAAGCUAGAAACUAGUGGAGUUUAAUUAAGGUUGUACAUUUUUGAAACAGGAUGAUAGCAAGUGGAGAUGAAGUUUAAGGUAUUCAUCAAUCAGUAGAUCACUGAGUCACAAUUGACAGACACUAUUUCAGUAAGAAGUUUACUUUUCUAUUUAAUAAGACCUUUGAAAAUAGUGAUACCAGAUAUUAGUAAGAAAUAUUAAUACACUGUAGAUAAGUAUUUAUUACUAGUCUUUUCCUCUAGGAAAAGAGAUGCUUUGAUAGUUAAGACCAGAGGCCCAAUAAGUGGGAAAGUCACAGAGAGGUUCCUUUACGAGAGCCAGCCAUCACCACCACAAUGACACCAACAAGGUCCUUAACUUGUCUCUGAUCCAGAGACACCCUUUGUUUGCCACUCAGUAGACUUCCUCUCUGACCCCUAGAAUGAAUAGAAGAUAGGCAGCACCUGUGGCUGUUGGAGUCUUUGUUUUUGGUUUUUGAACUUUAAUUUUUGGGCACUUAAAACUGGUUUAAAAAUAAAGUUCUGUGACUGAAAAUUA